CUUUCAGUGACAAAGCGUGCCUGGGGAAGGCAGCGGGAGUGCUGCCGCGUGUGGACUGACAGGUUUCAGAACCAGGGCUGGAGAGGGUGAGCGGGGGCUGAGGGCAACGCGGCCGCAUCCUGCCCCAGGGAGGGGCGCGGGCCUGGGCUGGAGGCUUUGUGCCAGGCAAGGGCAGGGCUCUGGUUCAGGGGGGAAACCCCCCAGGCAGACACAGAGAGAGGGGGGGGUGGAGCCACGGAUGGAUGGAGACAGAGGGGGACACACGGACACAUGGACGGAGGACAGACAGACAGACACACACGGGUGGAUGGACACACAGCUGGAAGGAGACAUGGAGACUGACAGACCAACUGAUAGAUGGGCAGGCAGACAGACCGGCAGGUGGGUGGACAGAAGGACAGACAGGCAGAUGGAUGUGUGGACAGACAGACCAACGGACAGAUAGGUGGGUGGAUGGGAGGUGGGCGGAAGGAUAGACAGACGGACCAAGGGAGAGACAGACAGACAGAUGGGCUGGUGGACAGAUGGAUGGACAGACCGACCAACAGAUGGGAAGAUGGAUGGACGCGGGCGGAUGGACAGAUGGAUGGACGGACAAGCAUACAGAUGGACAGACCGGCGGACGGGCAGGUGGGUGGACAGAAGGACGGAUGGACAGCCAGAUGGAUGGAGAGCUGGGUGGACAGAUGGACAGACUGACGGAUGGACAGGUAGGUGGGCAGAUGGGUGGACGGAACGACAGACGGACAAACAGACGGACGGACACACCGGCAGAUGGACGAAUGGAUGGACAGACGGACCAGUGGGCAGACCAACAGACAGGCAUAAGGACCAAUGGGUGGAACAACAGACAGGCGUAUGGACCAAUGGACGUACAGAUGGAUGGACUGACAGACAGAUGGCUGGACUGAUGGAUGGACUGACAAGCGUACAGAUGGACAGACAGACCAAAGGACGGACAGAUGGACCAGCAGUUGGGUGGACAGAAGGACAGACAGGCAGACAGAUCAACAGAUGGACAGACAGAUGGAUGGGCGUAUGGACCAACGGACGGACAGGUGGGCAGGCAGACGGAUGGAUGGGCAGACAGGUGGGUGGACAGAAGGACAGACAAAUGGGUGGGCAGAUGGAUGGACAGCUGGACAGACCAACGGGCAGAUGGAUGAACAGACAGAUGGGUGGACAGACCGAACGACAGGUGGGCAGAUGGAUGGAUGGACAGACUGACAGACAAGUGGACAGGCAGAUGGACAGACAGGCGGACCAAUGGAUGGACAGAUAGACCAACAGAUGGGCAGGUGGGUGGACAGACGGACCAGCAGACGGAUGGGAGGAGGUGGGUGGAUGGACCAACAGGCAGGUGGGCAGAUGGAUGGGAAGUGGUCAGACAGAUGGACGGGUGGACGGACAGAUGGACAGAGGGACAGACAGACUGAUGGACAGACUGGCAUACAGAUGGACCAAUAGACAGACAGACCAACUGACAUGGGCAGGUGGACAGAGGGACUGGCAGACGGAUGGAUGGACAGAUUGACCAAUGGAUGGACAGGCACACAGACAGCCGGACAGACCGAUGGAUGGGCAGGUGGGUGGACAGAUGGACAGGCAGGCAGGUGGACGGACAGGUGGAUGGAAAGAUGGCUGUAGAGACAGACAGAUGGACGGAUGGACAGACAGACGGAUGGAGAGCUGGGUGGACAGACUGACGGAUGGACAGGUAGGUGGGCAGAUGGAUGGACAGAACGACAGACACACCGGCAGAUGGACGAAUGGAUGGACAGACAGACCAGUGGACAGAUGGCUGGAUGGGCAGACUGACCAACGGACAGAAAUGGUGGACAGACCGGCAGACCAACAGACACAUACACCAAUGGAUGGGGAGACAGGGAGAUGGAGAGACACGGAGAGGGAGACACACAGGGAUGGGGAGGGACACACAGCGACAGAG